AUGCCUCAUCGUGCAGCCUCCCCGGCUCUCUCUGAGAAUGAGUUCGAUAUUACAAAGUCAUUAUUCAAAGAUGAUGACGCCGAAGACGACAAUUUUACUGCUCCCACCAGCAAAGAUAUAGGAGCAUGGGAUGCUGGUGGGAUACUUGAUCUGGGAGUUGAGAGCGAUGGAGAGGGCGAUGGAGCUUUUAUCGCUUCUCAGCAGGCGGCGUCGAAUCGGAAAGCUUCGAACCUAAAGGGCAAGACGGUGAAGAAGGGUGGAGGAUUUCAGGCAAUGGGUUUAAAUUCCCAUUUGCUCAAGGCCAUCAGCCGGAAAGGCUUCUCUGUACCUACACCUAUUCAGCGAAAAACGAUUCCUCUAGUCCUCGACCAUCAAGAUGUUGUUGGUAUGGCGAGAACUGGUUCCGGAAAGACUGCAGCGUUUGUGAUACCAAUGAUUGAGAAAUUGAAGGCCCACAGCGCACGGGUCGGAGCAAGAGCAUUGAUAAUGUCACCCUCUCGAGAACUCGCUCUUCAGACAUUGAAAGUCGUUAAGGAAUUUGGUAGAGGCACAGAUCUCAAAUGUGUGCUAUUGGUUGGUGGGGAUAGUCUAGAGGAACAAUUCGGGUUCAUGGCCGCAAACCCCGAUAUUGUCAUUGCAACCCCUGGUCGAUUCCUACAUCUCAAAGUGGAGAUGUCUCUAGACCUAUCUUCCAUGAAAUACGUGGUGUUUGACGAGGCCGAUCGACUUUUCGAGAUGGGAUUUGCAGCCCAAUUGACUGAGAUUCUACACGCCUUGCCAAUUACACGACAAACAUUACUAUUCUCCGCCACGCUCCCCAAGUCUCUCGUCGAGUUUGCUAGAGCUGGUCUGCAAGAACCCAGCCUUGUUCGGCUCGAUGCAGAAAGUAAGGUGUCACCAGAUCUUCAGAGCGCAUUUUUUAGUGUCAAGAGUGCCGAGAAAGAAGGCGCAUUACUACAUAUCCUCAACGAUUUGAUCAAGAUGCCUACUGGUCCACCAGAGGGGGCAAAGAAAAUAGCCGAAAGAAACGAUAAGAAGCGGAAACGAGGGGCUGAUGGGCCAGGUUCAAAGCACAAACCUACGGAGCAUUCAACGAUCAUUUUUGCAGCUACGAAGCACCACGUCGAUUACUUGGCGUCGCUUCUACGUCUCUCUGGAUUUUCUGUGUCUCACGCUUAUGGCUCACUGGAUCAAGUAGCGAGAAAUAUUCAAGUGGAAGACUUCCGGACUGGAAUGACUAAUAUAUUGGUAGUUACCGAUGUCGCUGCAAGAGGUAUUGAUAUUCCUGUCUUGGCAAAUGUCAUCAAUUAUGACUUUCCGCCGCAACCAAAAAUCUUCGUUCAUCGUGUUGGCCGUACAGCAAGAGCCGGUCAAAGAGGAUGGAGUUACAGUUUGGUUCGCGAUACAGAUGCACCUUACCUGUUGGAUCUACAGCUGUUCCUUGGCAAGAGACUUUUGCUUGGUCGCGAGAGUGGAGAAACACCCAAUUACUCCGAAGAUGUUAUUGUCGGCGCGCUGCUCAGGGACAAACUGGAAAGUACGACAGAGUGGAUCCAGAAGCUGCUCAGUGACGAUGAUGAUCUCAGUGCCCUCCGGACUGUUGCAGGAAAGGGCGAGAAAUUGUACAUCAAGACUCGCAAUUCAGCAUCCAACGAGAGCGCAAAGAGGGCCAAGGAAGUUGUGGCUUCUAAAGGGUUCAUGCAGCUGCAUUCCCUCUUCAACAGCGAGACAAACAAUGCAGAACAAGCACGCAUCGAUAUGCUUGCUAGAAUCAGUGGAUUCCGACCGCAGGAAACUGUGUUUGAAAUAGGUACUAGGGGCAAGGCGGCUCAUAGUGAGGCUGCCGAAGUCAUGAGAGCACGGAGACUGAAAAUAAUACCCAGAAGACAAAAGGAUGAAGAUGAAAAGGCGGCAGCAAAGGCAGAGGCAGAGGCAAACGAUGAGGAUUUCGAUACGAUGGAUGUGGAACCGGAUUCCGACGAUGAUGAUGGUCUGGAAGUCACUGUGAGUGGUGGUGGAGAUGACAUGGAAGAGGCAUCAGAUGGUGAACUAGAAGUCACAUUCUCCAAGACGGCGCAAAAAGGCAAAGGCAGGACGCUAUCUUACCAGGACUCGGAGAAUUUCAUGUCAUACACUCCAAAAUCAAUCAACACGGCCGAAGAACGGGGCUAUGGAGUUCACUCGGGAUCAUAUAACACAGCAUCUCAGAACUCGAAUUUCGUUGAGGCAGCCAGAGGCGUCACUAUGGACCUUACGAACGAUGACGGUGCGAAGUCAUUUGCUGAACCCGCCAGAGCAAAAGGUAUGCGCUGGGAUAAAAAGAAUAGCAAAUACGUCGCUCGAGCAAACGACGAGGAUGGUUCCAAGGGAAAGAAAAUGAUCCGUGGUGAAAGCGGACAGAAAAUCGCAGCCAGUUUCCAAAGUGGCCGAUUCGAUAGGUGGCGCAAAGCGCACAAAGACAAGGCUCCAAAGGAGGCUGACAGGUAUCGUGAUGAUUAUCAUGUGAGGAAGAAGAGGGUAGCGGAAGCCAAGGAGAAGCGAGUUGGGUCUUUCAAGGAUGGUACCGGGAAGGCUGAAAUCAAGAGCACAAAUGAUAUCCACAAGGAGCGGAAGUUGCAGGAGCAGAAGAAGAUGAAAAAUGCCAGGCCUGCGAAGAGAGGAAAGAAGUGA